UUUAUGCAAAAAUGGUUGGGAUAUCAACUGUUUCUGGUUUUAAAGUAGGAAAAAACUGGCAUAUCAAAUGUAUUUUCCCCUAACAGGCUGGGCUCAAGUACAACUGGUGAUCACAUCGCUCGUCAUCAUGGCCACCAACAUCGCCUCCUUCCAAAGGUUCGAGAGCCAGAAGCCCGCGGGGCGCACCGAGCCGUGGAAAAAGACGACUCCUCUGGUGGAAGCCAUCGAGCAGCCCCUGAUACAGCCGGCAGUCCCUGCCACUCGUCACUCCGACAGUCACGCCAGCAGCUCCCGACCUUCUGUCCCAGAUGUACCCGCACCGCCAAGACCCAUGUCUGCCCCGGUGCCCAUAUCUCGGUCAAGUUACCGGACCAUGCCCCUGCCAUCUCGCAAGAAAUUAGUGAAGGUGAUGGAUGAAGACGAGCCCCUGGGGAAGCUGAUAUCCACAGUGUCGUGGUUCUUCCACCUGCUGUGCCGGAUGCUGUCUAUAGCAUCCUUCGCACACUUUCACCCUCUGCCGUGCCUGGGUGUGGUGAUUGCGCACUAUGCCACCAUGCUGGGCUACUUGCUGCGCAAGACGCGCUGCCCGGACAUCACUACCGUCACCCGGCAGAUGUGCCUCGCAUACGUGUACGUGUUCGCCCUCAUCGAGCAUUGGACCAAGUUCACCAAGACCCCCGUUUUUUACUCCUUCUACUUCAUACUCGUCGGAGCUGAGAACCUGGCCAUGGGCAUCACGUGGUACAUGUUUGAUGAGUGGGAGGGAUUCUGGUACAACUACGUGUUCAUCUUCAUAUUCGUCAGCUUGGCUCUCAGCAUACUGUCCGCAUUUGUGUACUUCAACAUAUUCAAGCCAAAGUCUAAGCUUUACGACCCAAACACACUCAGUCGCCAAAUAAGUACUAUGAAAUAAUGGGUAACAUUUAUUUGGAGUGUAAAAUCUCAUGAAUGGAAAUUUCGCUAGAUUAUCCAUGAGACAAAUAAGGUGUGUUUAUGUUCAUAAUUGUUUGCAUGAGAUCUUGCAGAUACUGCAAUUUAAUGUGUUAAUAUAACUACAGCAUUUGAAAACCAUGGGAUUAUAAAAAAUAAAAUCUUAGGGCUACAUGACCAUUGUUAUGGAAGUGAGAAAAUGACAAUCAAAAAGUGCUCUUUCAUCAAGAACUCUGAGUAAUUAAAAAAAGAAAGAAUGAAAAAAAAGAAUGCUGUGUGUGUGUAUAGCACAAAUUUAAAACUUUAAUAAUUUUUAACACGGAUUGGAUGGUUAUUAGUUAUCAUGUAUGAUUUUUCAAUAAUAAUUUACACUAUAUUUGGUAAGAUUUUAAAAAAUUAAAUUCUUUCUGUAUGAACAUACUUUCUGAAAAAUCAUCAUGUAUUUGAACAAGCAAUACUGCUUUAUUUAGAACUCACAAAAAAAUCUAGUCCUUUUGGAAAAAAGAAAAAGAGAAAAAAAAAACCUCCUAACUGUAAGAAACUGAAGACUUUAAUUAUAUAUUAUUAACCAGCAUAGCAUUAUUAAAUGA